AUGGGCAAAGAAAACCAAACUAAUCUGACUGAAUUCAUCUUGCUGGGCCUUUCUUCAGAUGACCAAACCCAGAUCCUGCUCUUUGUGAUAUUUCUCAUCAUCUACCUGCUGACUGUGUCUGGAAAUCUGCUCAUCAUUCUCCUAAUUCACAUUGAUUCUCGACUUCAUACACCAAUGUACUUCUUCCUUAAAAAUCUGUCAUUUUCUGAUCUCUGUUUCUCUACAACUAUUGUUCCCAAGAUGCUAUUACAUUUUCUGGUCAUGAGAAAGACUAUUUCAUUUGCUGGGUGUUCAAUUCAGAUGUUUUUCUUCCUAAUAAUGGGGUGUACAGAGAGUUCACUGCUAGCAGUGAUGUCCUAUGACCGCUACGUGGCUGUCUGCAAGCCUCUGCACUACUCCACCAUCAUGACCCAGAGAGUUUGUGUUUUGCUAGCCAUAGGGUCCUGGGCUAGUGGUGUAUUUGUGUCUUUAGUAGACACCACCUUCACUUUAUGCCUCCCGUAUCAGGGAUCGAAUGUAAUUAACCACUAUUUUUGUGAGCCUCCUGCACUCUUGAAGCUGGCUUCAAAAGAAACCUACAAAGCUGAAAUGGCCAUUUUUGCAAUGGGCGUGGUCAUCCUCUUGGGUCCUGUCUCUCUGAUCCUUUUCUCCUACUGGAAUAUCAUCUGUGCUGUGAUUCAGAUACAGUCAGGGGAUGGGAGGCUCAAGGUCUUCUCUACCUGUGGCUCACAUUUCAUUGUUGUUAUCUUCUUCUAUGGGUCAACAAUAUUUACCUACAUGCAGCCAAAUACAAAGAAAAUGGAUAAGGGGAAUAAGGUGAUCUCAGUGUUCUACUCAGUCAUAACAUCCAUGAUGAACCCCUUCAUUUAUAGCCUGAGGAAUAAGGAUGUGAAGGAGGCUUUUAGGAAAGUGCUUAGAAGAUAA